UUAUCACGUGGUUGACGAGGCUCAGCCCUUGAACCAGCGGCGAGGGAAGCGGCAGAGAAGAUUUUUGGGGAGGUGGUAGAGUGGAGUAAUAGGCAACACGGAAUUAUAGCCUAGGAGGCCUACCUGGUUCAGGACCUCAAACCAUAUAUAUCCGGUUUUACGGUAACCAGACAGCUGUAUCCAUUAAUCUGCAUAUACUAUUUCUAGACUGGUUUCCCGGAGCGGAUUGAGUGGGACUAUGGAAGAUGUAUACCAUUAUACUCGUAGCCCUGCAUGGGAAGAACUGGAGCCGGAGAAAGGCCAUUCGACAACGGGGAUCCAUGCCCAUGUCGUGGGGGCUGUCGGGGGCUCCGGGGCCGUGGAUGAGUCUUCAGACAGCGAGGGAGAACAAGAAGGCCCGCAGAAACUCAUCCGGAAAGUGUCGACCUCCGGACAGCUCAGAAGCAAGACAAGUGUGAAAGAGGGACUGUUGCUAAAACAGACAAGCUCAUUCCAGAGGUGGAAAAAACGCUAUUUCAAACUGAGAGGACGCACACUUUACUACGCCAAAGAUGCCAAGACUGGCAGUGCCCUGGCCCGGUGGCAGGAGCGGGCACUGUGCGGCGUUUCCAGGAGUCGUAUAUGUUGGAGGGUUCUGUCUGUGUGCUGGGCAGGGCCUCGCCGCGCACCACCGCCUAGCGGAUCCGACGAAGGUCUGAUGUCGAUACGGUCUCUGAUAUUUGACGAGGUGGACCUAUCAGAUGCCAGUGUGGCUGAGUCCAGCACUAAGAAUGUCAACAACAGCUUCACGGUGAUCACUCCAUUCCGCAGGCUCAUCCUCUGUGCGGAGAACAGGAAAGAGAUGGAGGACUGGAUCAGCUCGCUGAAGUCCGUCCAGUCCAGAGAGCAUUACGAGACAGCACAGUUUAAUGUGGAACAUUUCUCAGGGAUGCACAACUGGUAUGCCUGCUCCCAUGCACGCCCCACCUUCUGUAACGUCUGUAGAGACAGCCUCUCUGGCGUCACUUCCCACGGCCUGUCCUGCGAAGUGUGUAAAUUCAAAGCUCACAAGCGGUGUGCCGUCAGGGCCACCAACAACUGCAAAUGGACCACACUGGCCUCCAUAGGGAAAGACAUCAUCGAAGACGAGGAUGGGAUUGCCAUGCCCCACCAGUGGCUGGAGGGGAACCUGCCUGUUAGUGCCAAGUGUGCCGUGUGUGACAAGACCUGUGGCAGCGUGCUCCGACUGCAGGACUGGCGCUGCCUCUGGUGCAAGGCCAUGGUACACACAGCUUGUAUGGACUUGUACCCCAGGAAAUGUCCCCUGGGCCAGUGUAAAGUCUCCAUCAUCCCUCCUACUGCUCUCAACAGCAUCGACUCGGAUGGCUUCUGGAAGGCCACCUGUCCCCCGUCCUGCGCCAGUCCUCUACUGGUCUUUGUCAACUCCAAGAGUGGAGACAACCAAGGGGUUAAAUUCCUACGACGUUUCAAGCAGCUCCUCAACCCUGCUCAGGUGUUUGACCUGGUCAAUGGCGGACCACAUCUAGGGCUGCGUCUCUUUCAGAAGUUUGAUAACUUCCGGAUCCUGGUGUGUGGAGGGGAUGGGAGUGUAGGUUGGGUCCUCUCUGAGAUAGACAAACUCAACCUCCACAAACAGUGCCAGCUGGGAGUGCUGCCCUUGGGCACAGGAAACGACCUGGCGCGGGUGCUGGGCUGGGGCCCAUCGUGUGACGAUGACACGCAGCUUCCCCAGAUUCUGGAGAAACUGGAGCGGGCCAGCACCAAGAUGUUGGACCGCUGGAGCAUCAUGACCUACGAGAUAAAGCUCCCCUCCAAACACAGCGGGCCCGUCACGCCAGACGACACUGACGACGGCCAGUUCCAGAUCUCAGCAUAUGAAGACUCGGUAACUGCCCAUCUCACCAAGAUCCUGAACUCUGACCAACACUCUGUGGUCAUCUCCUCCGCUAAGAUCCUGUGUGAGACAGUAAAGGACUUUGUUGCCAAAGUGGGAAAAUCUUACGAGAAAAGUAUUGAGAAUACAGAGGAGUGUGACACUAUGUCUCUCAAAUGUGCCAUCCUGAAUGAGAAGCUAGACUCACUCCUCCAGACCCUGAACACAGAAGCCCAGUCACUCCCACCACCUCUUCCCCUUUCCACACCACCGAUCGUUGAAGAGGAGGAAGAGGAAGAAGAUGAGGAGGAGGAGGUGAGCGAGGAGUCGUUGACCGAGCUGAAGGAGAAACUGGAAGCGGAGGAGAGCGAAAAGAGAGGAGAGAAAGGAGGAUGUUCGCCACACAAGCUGUUCAGAGCUAAAGAACAGCUGAUGUUACGAGCCAACAGCCUGAAGAAGGCUGUACGACAGAUCAUUGAACAGGCCGAGAGAGUGGUGGAUGAGCAGAAUGCCCACACAGAGGAGCUAGAGCUGCCGUCCCCGUUGGAGUUUAGGAAGGAAGGAGAGGAGGACAACAGGGACAGUGAGAAGGACGAGGACACCAAGGAACUGGAAGCCGUGCCAUUGGCUAAGAGUCCAUGUUCUCCUCCUGAGAGGCUUGUAAGUCGCAGCAGCCAAUCCUGUGGCUCGUUCUCCAUCAUGCCUUUCACCACCAGCAAGGAGAACCUACCUGUACUCAACACACGCAUCAUCUGCCCUGGUACAUCCUACGGUUUGCGUGCUGGUCUGGCAGCUUCUAUAGCCGGUAGCUCCAUCAUCAGUAAAAUGCUGCUGGCCAACAUCGACCCAUUUGGUGCUACGCCCUUCCUGGACUCUGACCUGGACUCACUAGAGGGCUUUAGUGAGAAGUGUGUCAUGAACAAUUACUUUGGCGUUGGGCUGGAUGCUAAGAUCACCUUGGAGUUCAACAACAAGAGGGAGGAACACCCAGAGAAGUGCCGGAGUCGUACUAAGAACAGGGUGUGGUAUGGUGUUCUGGGCACCAAGGAGCUCCUCCAGAGAACCUACAAGAACCUAGAACAGAAGGUUCAACUGGAGUGUGACGGUCAGUACAUCCCCUUGCCCAGCCUUCAGGGCAUCGCGGUGCUGAACAUCCCCAGCUACGCUGGAGGAACCAACUUCUGGGGAGGCACCAAGGAGGAUGACAUCUUCUGUGCCCCGUCGUUCGACGAUAAAAUCCUGGAGGUGGUAGCCGUGUUCGGCAGUAUGCAGAUGGCUGUGUCCAGAGUCAUCAAACUACAACACCACCGCAUAGCACAGUGUCGCUCAGUGAAGAUCACGAUCCUGGGAGAUGAGGGUGUUCCUAUCCAAGUGGACGGGGAGGCCUGGGUACAACCUCCUGGAGUCAUCAAGAUCCAACACAAGAACAGAGCCCAGAUGUUGACCAGAGACAGGGCGUUUGAGAACACUCUGAAGUCGUGGGAGGACAAGCUGAAGUAUGACAAGCUGCCCCUGCGGCCUCACCUUUACCCCCAGCAGUCUGUGGACCUGGCCACUGAGGAGGAGGUAGCCCUCGUACAGCUGGUUGCCCGUGCAGCGGACGAGCUCAUCACCAGGAUCUGUGAGGCAGCCAAGACCAAUGGGCUUCUAGAGCAGGAGCUUGCUCACGCCGUCAACGCCUCGUCACAUGCCAUCAACAAGACGCACCCAAAGUUCCCAGAGAGUAUGGCCAGGAACACAGCUAUAGAAGUAGCCAGCAAUGUGAAGGCUUUACACAACGAGACUGAAUCCCUUCUGGUGGGACGAGUAUCACUGCAACUGGAACCCUCAGAUGAAGAGUCUUUAUCCAGUGCUCUGCAGAGUGUGGAGAUGGAGCUAGGCAAACUAGUGGAUAUCCCCUGGUUAUACCAUAUACUGCAGCCCAAUGAAGAUGAGGACCCCUCGUUAGAGUAUGGCAAGAGGAACAGUCGUAGCAGCAUGUUCAGAAUUGUGCCAAAGUUCAAGAAAGAGAAAGCUACCAAGAAGACCAGCCCUCAGUCAGUGGAGAGAUGGGGCACAGAGGAAGUGGGCGUCUGGCUGGAGCAACUCAGUCUGGGAGAGUACAGAGACACCUUCACACGCCACGACAUCCGAGGCUCGGAACUGCUGCACCUGGAGAGGAGGGACCUGAAGGAUCUGGGGAUAUCGAAAGUGGGUCAUAUGAAGAGAAUUCUUCAGGGAACUAAGGACCUGGCUAAGACCGCCAUGAUUGACCUCUAACCCAGAAGUAGUUGGAGAGGAAGUGCCCCUCCACCACAGAGGAAGUAUUUUGGAGCUCCGCAGGAAGAGCUGAAUGCCUGGUAUCUUGGGAUGAAUGGAUGGAUUUGCUCCUGUGGAUGAAUUUGGGAAUGCUGUUUCAGAGAAGCUUUACAACAGAAAUGUUUUAGUGAGGCUGUGAUUGGUGCCAAAAUGGAAGAUGGAACUUGAAAGCAGUUGACAGUGCAAAGAAGGAAGUCAUGGAUCUUCACAAAAAGCCAUUUUUCUAAAAUCAUAUUUCCAUUCAUGGCACAAUCAGGUAUGCAACUUAUCAUCAUUAUAAAAGUUUGAUUGGUCGCCUGGCAUCGUAGAGAAGGCCCAAUCCAAGUAGCAACAAGGUGACUUCCAUGAGUGUGUCCUACCAGUGGGGUGUGAGUGUGUCCAUUUCAAUACAGUACCGUAUGGCUUUGUGAUUGGCUUACUGGCUCUUUGCUUAGCAGUAGAUGGCUACAGAUGCAACACGACAGUCACAAUACCCUGCUUUCACUGUUUACACCAGAGGCGAUGGCCUACGUCCCAAAUGGCACCCUAUUCCCUGUGUAGAGCUCGACUUUUGAGUGGUGCACUAUGUAGGGAAUAGGGUGGGAUUACAGAUGUGCCCUGGGAGAAGGAGAGAUGCAACAUCACAACCUAAAGAGAGUGAAGCGAGGUCUCUGAAAACAGUGAGACAUAUGUUGCAUGCUAUGCUAGCUUGACUUUGGAUAUCUAUUUGGAAUUGCAUGAAUAGUGUUUCGAUUUUUUGGUGUAAAAAGAUAACACUUGAACAAUUUUUUUUUUUUAAUAUGACUUUAGUAUUAUUAUGCCAUUUGUUACUACUGAAAGCAUCAUUUUGGUUUGAAUAGAAAAAAAAUGUUGAUGACUUUUAUUUAUUUGUUUUUGCAUGAUGAUUCUGUGUCAAAGACCUAUGUCAUGUGCCAUAUUUGAGUCAUUUUAUUGUAAAUGUGCUUUAUUGGUAAGAAAACAUCAGAAUUUAAGACAAGUUAUCAGAUUACAUAUUAGGAGUUAUGUUUUGUCAUUUGACACGUUUUCUGUUGAUGUGAAAAUCAGUACCAAAGUGAAUGUCCAAGACACUUCCGAACUUAAAUGUUAACUUUGAAAGUAGUGAAAAUCUUGUUAUAAUGUUUGAGAUAAAUAGCAGUCACGUAUAGAGGGAGUGAAGUUGAUGGUUGUAAGCCAACAAUUUCAUAUUUUUAUGGAAUACUUAAUAGGCACUUUUCCAUUUUGGGUGUUUGCAAAGUUACAUCCUCAUAUCAGUAGAUACAUUUUACUUCAAUCUUUAUCAUUUAAACACUCAGUAUUUCACAGAGUAACACUAUGGUAGUGGGAAUAGGAGUUAUACAUUGAUUUAAGUAGAGCAGCUGAGGAGCAAAGGAGUUUUGCUAAUGUGCAGCCUUUCUAAAUUGCUCAGUGUGAUAUGUAAUGUUAAUAGGACACUAAUUUUGUUAGAUUGGUUGCAUUACAGGGUAUAUUUGUAUGUGAUGCUAAGUAUGCAUUGUAUAUAUGCAAUCUAAACCAGUGUAUGAUACACUGUUAGUAGUUAUUCUAGUCCAAUGCCUUUGUAGAUUGCCCACAUGACAUGCAGUGUCAACAGCUAACACGUUUUGAUGAUAUUGUUUAUUAAUUUGCACCAUAAACACCAAUUGUAGAUUAUUGCUUUUGUUAAGUAGACUAAUCUCUCCCGUAUUUGUUUAAUGCUGUUGUAUUUUAAUGGAGGUGCAAUAUUGUAGUGGUUUUGAUACAGUCUCUCUGACAUGUUGUUUCGCUGUGGGGAAAACCGAAAGGGUUUUGUAUACACGGACGGACUUUUAAAUUAAAUAGCGUUUUUAACUAGUUAAUUUUAAUUCAAAAAUUCUUCCAACAUCUCACUGGUUUUUAGUCUCGUUCCUCUGUGCUUCCAGGAUGAUUCUCAAAGCAGGAUGCAGGAAAUCAUAGACUGUUGAACAGGCAGACCUGACUGUUGUUCUAUGUAUUUAUAUACGAUCCCUUGUAUGUUCAUUUACAUCAGCUAAAUACUUAGCAACAACUGUAUGUUUAUCAUUGAUCGGCCAACUUGUAAUAUCAAUUGAUCCAAUGAUUAUUAUUAUAAUGUUUUUUUACCUGAACAAAACUGUUCAUAUCAGGAUCUUGGCUCGCUUUAUUGUACAGUCCUCCUGUACCCCAAUAUCUACUACCAAAUGGAAAUAGGAAGUUAUCAUUCAUGAUCACAUGGUAAUUACAUUUAGGCUUCUUUAGGAUUCUUUGCGAAAGCAAUUAAUCUUUUUGUUACCAAUUGUGUUCAUUUAGUUGAAGUUAGCGCCAGAAAGUAGCUUGUAUCUAAUACUCCAUAAUUGUGCAGUGUAAAUAUAGGACUGUAAAAUAAAGCAUUACCUACAAUAUUCUUAGAGGGUGCCACAUAUCACAACUUGAAAUUCAUAGUUUCCCACCAACCUCUCUUUUGGUGACUUCUUAAGAGAAUUGACAAUAUCAAGAAGCAUAUAGACUAUCCUCACAGUCACGUAUUUUUUUAAUAACAUGAAACCCAAAUCAUGAGGCCUUUAAAUGUCCUGAAACGUGAACUUUUUUUUCUAGUCCUACCUUAGUAAAAAAUAGUCUAGACAAAAUAAAUGUGCUUUAUUGCAAGUAUGAUUGUUGUAAAAAAAUAAAUAAUAUUAUAAUAAUUAAAGUUCAUAGCCCCAAGCUAGCUAGGUUCCUAACCAAAGAUAUGAAUUAAACAUAUUCUGAACUUUCAAUCUUUUAUGAAAUCCUAAGUACCCAACCCACAAUUCUUGAUCAUUAACUGUAUGUCAGUCAUUGUGUGACAGUCAGAUGACUAUCAGUUCUUUGUUUGUGCCACAGUCAUGUCUUGUUGUCUUUAAGUGGCUUUGUUAUGGGCUGGUAUCACAGACACAUUGAAUAUUGAUUCAUUUUAAGUAGGCCUAGCUCUUGUUCUCAGAGUGGUUUAACAUUCGAAUACAUAGUUCUGUAUUCAUAUUAAAACCACAUGUUCAGUAGUCUGAAUUCAAGUGCAAUCUAGGUAGUUUAUGUCUGUGUUUUCAGCUCAAUGUGCUUUAAUCUGAGCUGUGCAUUUCCUCACUGCAGGUCAAACUCAAAGCUUUAGUUCACAGGCUUUGUGUGUCUGUCUGAAGGGUCUCUGCCUGGUUUUGCAUGACUGUGUUAGACCCCACUCCAGGCUUAGAGACAGAGCUUAAGUUCUCCAAUCUGGGGAGAGGUUUCCCGUACGCACAGAUCUAAGAUCAGCUUACCUCCCCCAAUCCUUACCAUAACAAUUAGAAGGGGAAAACGCAGAACUGACCUUAGAUCAGCAUCCAAGGGCAACUUCAACCUACUCCAUGUUUUUCCAGUGUUGUGUGUAUAUAUAAUGCUGCAAACUGCCUGGUUUUCAUGAACCAACCAAACCCUAUGUGAGGAUAUUUUAGGAUGAUGGUCUAUAACAUGGUGGAAGAGAAGUGAGUUUCAUUUGUUUACAUUAUGUUUACAAUGGCACAGUUUUAAGAAUAAAUAUACAUAGAUAUACAAUAUUUGCAUAUUUAUUGCCUAAGGUUAAACAAUAUGAUGAUGUGUAACUGUGUUUUCAUCUUUGGAAUAUAAUGUUACAGUUGUCACCUGUGUUACUAUCUGGAUGAUUUUGGUGAAGUAGUUGGUCAUUUUUAUGACUAAUAAGUGACUGUUUGCUGUGCCUUUUUAUGGUUAGAAUGCAUGGUUAACUAUUUAUUACAAUAUGGAAGUCACUGAGAUGUGUAUUUUUGUAUUCUGAUUAAAUAAAUGGUUCAACUUU